GUCGCGCAGUUCUAUCCGAAUGGGCCCGACGGCGCACCACCUGUUCUCGCAGCAAGCCCUAACCGCCUGCUGCUGGGAUCAUCACUGCGUGGCAAAGGUGAGCGAGGAGGGCAUCCAUCAAAGCCUGCAGCCGAAUCCCCUUCAGUUCUUCCGACGUCCGCAGAGGGCCUGGAGUGAGGCGGCGGUGUCCCGCUAUGGCCGCGACAACUUGGAUCUAACAGUCAUCGGUGGAAACCAGCUAGGACAGCUCGUCUUCAAAGGCAAAGACGAGUCAGAAGUGUGCCUGAGCUCAGAAUUCUGCCUCUCGAUGUGGCUGCCCGAGCUGGUUUGCCAGAAGCAGCUCCCCUCAGCUUCUGAGCGCUUCAUCCGCUUCAUCCUCCUAGCGCAUCUCGGCUUUCGUAUGAUGGAAGAAGACACGAACAAAUACGCCCAGGCCGUUGUGGACUCGCCCAGCAGCUCCUCCACAGAGUACAGCGACGAUGGCCACCAUUCUGCAGAGAGGCGAGCUGCUUCCGAGAGCAGUGAGUCUCUUGAGACCUCCGCGAGACGUGAGAAGGCUGAGGUCGUGCCCGGCUCAGCGUGGGCUUGCUGCUGCUCCGAUGUGGAAAGAGGGUCGAAGCAGCUGAUCUCUGCCACUCUCCGCAGGCCCAGCUCCUCCGCGCAGCACUCCCUCCGCUCCAGUAUGAGGUCUGCAAGUUCCGGGAGCUUUGACGCGGCUCCACUCCAGAAGGAGAAGGAGGACCCUUUCUUGCAAAUGCCAGCAGCACCUGGGCCGACUCCAGCCAGUCCAUCAGCGGAUGCACCGCCAACCGAAUUGCCCGAGGCGACGCCAGCAUCGACAAGGUCCCAAACCCUCGACCGCCGCCUGGCGAAGCUGCGUGCAGCCGUCGCCCUGCACCGCCCGAGUAAAGAGGCAGUUGUUCCUGCCGCAGACGACAGCGAUACAAAGUCCGAGUCCGCAUACUCUGCGCGGAGUGAUUUCUCAGUUCAGACAGCCGUGGUCGCGCAGCAUAGCCAAGCACAGCCACAAGACGCAGCAGGCUUGAAAGCAGCUCUGAAGACCUUCAUCCAGGAGUUUGUCCGUGGGCGCGAGUUGCACAUGCCGAGCAAGGCGGGCCUCAAGGGCGUCGUGUGCAAGAUCACCAAGGCUGUGGAUGCUUUGCUUGUCGGCGAUGGGGCUCGUGCGGUAGCGCUGGUGGACAUCCAGCAAGUACACCGUGGGCUCGAGGCACUCCCCCUGAACUUGGGCAUCGAGCCCGACGGCAACUGGGUCGUGCUGGAGUUGAAAGGCGGCGACUGUCUAAGUUUCCACCUGGGCCACGCAAAAGGCGCCGAGGAUUUUGCUCUAUUCAUGCGACUGCUGGUUUCCAUGAGGAGGCAGCAGCAACUCGCUGCCAAUACUCAGGAGGACGACGACGCCAAGAGCGAAGUCAGCGUCCAGAGCGCCAUCGUGCAGAAGACCAUGAACAGCAGCUCUGUGGCAUCCAUCGCAGACGACCCCAAGGAGGUCAAAAAGAUGUACAAGAUGUUCGUUGAGACAAUGAAGCGCGGUCGUGACUUCUACAUCCUGCGGCCUGAUGGCACGCUGCUGGAUGUCGACUGCUCGCUGACACGUGGUCGGGAGGUCUUCCGUAUGCGCUGGGAUUUCCAAGAGAGGUCGCUGCCGGUGGCGGACAUGAAGCAGGUGCGCACGUCGAAGGAGUCCUCCUCACUGAAGCUGGGCUUGGAGCUGGAUCCCCGGUGUGCCACGAUGGAGCUCGAGGGGGGCGAGUGCAUCACCUUCAAGUUCGGGCAUUCAGAGGCCUGCGACCGGUUUGUCAUCUGCAUGCGGAUCCUCAUCGAUCAGAAGCGCCAGUGCUUUCGCUCCUCUGGCUUUGGAGGCGCUACUGCCCAGCAGAAGUCCUCCAGCUCUGGCCGACCAUCGAGCGACUCCACGAUCGGUGGAGGGCCCAAUGCGACACAAGCGUUGAUUGAGGACUUUGUGCGCGUCAUGAUGAGCAGCUGCGAAGUGUUGGUGCUGAAUGCUCAGGGCAAGCAGAAAGUGAAACUCUCCUUGGACGCUGAUCUAACUGCCCUCUCCGUGAAGGCGAAGGAUGGCUCACGCAAGGACCUGCUCUUUUCCCAGGUGAAGGCUGUGCAUGUUGGCCAAGCAGCCGAGGCGCUGCAACUAGGUGCUCGCAUGGAUGACCUGUGCGCCGUGCUCGAGCUGAGUUCAGGGGAUUGCCUUACCCUGCGCUUCCCGAAGACGGAGGACAGGGACCGCUUUGCCAUUUGCAUUCGCAUAUUCGCUGCGGCCCACCAGGCCACCUGGCACAUUCUGCCUUCAAACUUCACCUGUGGUAUCUUGGAGUGGCCGUUUUGGAGCGCCGUCAUAAAGGCUGCCCGCCACGCCGACCCACUGCCAGCCGUUUGUGAAGGGCGAGACCGACAUGAUGCUGGGCUUGCGGGCAUGAAGCCUUACCUCCGAAGCUUGCGCCGACUGGAUUCCUGCAGGCUUCCAUGCUUCCGCUCCCUGAGACUCGCUUUUCAUGAUCCAAGAGCAGGCAACAAUCCAGUGGCUGUCGGCCACGCCGACCCGCUGCCAGCUGUUCGCGAAGGGCAAGACCGACAGGAGCUCUUCGUUCCUCUCUCUUUCGCUGCCGUGGGUGGCGAGGUGAGCGCAGAUUCAGAGUUUCCCGACCUAGGGGGUAUCUAUCUUAGUUGA